CACAAACACACAUCUCCAAAUGCUGCGCUCCUUCACUUCCUCUGGAUAGAAGUAGACAACAGUAGUCACAGUAAGGGGUUAAGGGAACAUAGAAGUUAAUAAACCCAAGGGUUUGGAUAAAAUAAAGACAAGUCCUUUGUGGAUUUAAAAACAGAGCUUUUUGUCGAAAUUUAUUUUCUUACUACAAGCUACUUUUCCUCCAGGCCAUAGAGAUGCCCCUCUCAGGAACUCCAGCUCCACCUUACACAAAAAAAAGGACCUCCAAACUCAUUAUUGACCUCUCCAACAUCACACAAAAUGAUGAAGAGGAAACAGAUGUCACUGAGUUUGACCUCGGGACUAAGAUCAAGACGCCUAAAGAAGUGAUGCUGGAGGAGCUGUCUCUGAUGAAAGGCAAAGGCUCUAAGAUGUUCAAAAUGAGGCAGCAGAGAGUGGAUAAGUUCAUUAUCAGUGCUGAGAACCUGCACAACCUUCAGAACCUGGCACCUACUGUAAUCUGUGAAAAGACCCCACCCAAGACCCUCCCCAAACCAGAUCUACCAAAAGAUGAAGUACAACCUGAGACUGAGAACGAGAAAAAGAUCUGCGAGCAUGUUAAAACAUAUGUCUCACCAUGGGAACGUGCUAUGAAAGAUGAUGACGAGCUCAAAGCCACAAUGAAGCCACAAAUGCCAGGGCCUCACGUGCAUGAAGACCUGCCACAAUACAAGAGCUUCAAUAGAACAGCGCUGCCUUUCGGAGGAUUCGAGAAGGCUACUCACCUUCUGAGCUUUGAGAUGCCUGACAUCAAAGCUGACUCUGAAGAGCCAAAGCAACUACCUGUGUUCCAGUGUAACAUUGACUCUCGACCAUCUUUCAACCGUACUCCAAUUGGCUGGGUGUGCACUGAAGAUCUCAGCUAUGCCCCCCUGACCCUGGAACCCAUCCCCUUUGAAGCAGAAACUGAAGAUCUCUGAAAACCAUGUUCUGCUAAUUCAUGCAGGCUAUAUCUGGCUCAGGUCAACUUAAAUGAUUAUUAUAAUGUUGAGGAUAUUUAUGAAAUCUCUUAAGGGUUGGCAGCUAUGAGGGCAACAGCCAAUACAAUACAAUAUUGUAUAAGCAAUGUACAAAUAAGAUGUAAAUACAGCUAUGUACUAGACAUAAAUAUGUGGAGCCAACUCAUAAUAAAUAUGAGUUUGUUUAAAAGGUUAAAGAGUAUGAACAUGUCAUAAACCUUGUAUUGAUUACCAUGAAUAAUCUUUCAAUACAUAAAUAAAAGGAAUAUAUUCUAUAUAUAAAUGUGUUAGACCAGGAAAAACAUUAACAUGUGCACGGUGAGGGGUACUAAUAUGGGUUAAAGGCCUGCAUUAUCAUUAUAACUCUCAAUAAAGCAAUGAUACGGUGUAUCAUAAGUCCUCAAGAAUGUUACAAUAGUGUUUUUAUAAAUUUGUAUUAGUUUUUAUCAGAUUUAAGAAUCGGAAAAGCUAUUCAUCGUCUCAAUGUAUAUCACUUUAUCCUGUAUACAGGGUCAUGCGGGGCUUGGAGCCUAUCCCAAGAGACUUAGGGCACAAGGCAGGGUACACCCUUGACAGGGUGCCAAUUGAUUGCAGGGCACACACACCACCAGCAACUUGGGAACAACAAUUAGCUUAAUCUGCGUGUUUUUGGAUUGUGGGAGGAAACCCACCAAGCAUGUUGAGACCAUGCAAACUUCACGUACACAGAUCCAAGGUGGGAAUCAAACCUUUGACCCUGGAGGUGUGAGUCCACAGUGUUAACCCCUUAGCCACUGUGCUGCUAAUUUCAUUGAACAGUGAAAAAUAAAGAUAAUUUGAGUA